CAAAGUGAAUAUCAAUUUCGAGUAGUUUUAUUAAUGUUGGUGGAGUGAAGAAGACAGCCCAAAUAGGAUUUAUUGAAAAAAAAUAUUGGGUAUCGGCACAGUUCGGCAAAAUGACGGUCGUCGAAGACAUCCAACCAUACUACCACCUGAAUGCUACUCGGCUGAUCUUCUACCCCCUAGUCCUGAUCGCCACUGGUUUGUGGCUAUUCUACCGAUGGCAGCAACAGUCCAAGCUCUAUAGACUGGGGAACAAAAUUCCUGGCCCCCUUGCACUACCAAUCCUCGGCAACGCACUCUUGGUUUGGGGCAAAAGCCCAGAACAACUGGUUAGGGUAGCCGUGGAAUACUCAAACUACUACGGGAAUGUAGUUCGAGCAUGGCUAGGAUCAAAGCUGCUCAUUUUCCUGACGGACCCCAACGAUGUAGAAGUUAUCCUUAACAGUCAAGUUCAUAUUGACAAGGCCACGGAAUACAAGUUCUUCGAGCCCUGGCUUGGGGAGGGAUUACUCAUCAGCUCCGGUGAAAAAUGGCGUUCUCAUCGCAAAAUGAUUGCUCCAACAUUCCAUAUUAACAUCCUCAAGUCAUUCGUGAACGUUUUCAACCAGAACAGCAAAAAUGUCGUUGAUAAAAUGAAAGGAGAAGUUGGAAAGGUGUUUGAUGUCCACGACUACAUGAGCGGUGUCACUGUUGACAUCCUUUUGGAAACUGCAAUGGGCAUCACAAAGGAAACUCAAGACGAAUCAGGUUUUGAUUACGCCAUGGCCGUAAUGAAGAUGUGUGACAUUAUUCAUCAAAGACACUACAAAUUCUGGCUGCAUUUUGAUGCAAUUUUCAAGUUCACGUCCUUCUUCGAAAAACAAAAGAAACUCUUGGCUAUAAUUCAUGGUUUAACAAACAAAGUAAUAAAAAGUAAGAAGGAGAAAUACUUGCAAAAUAAGGCAAAAGGAAUCGUUCCACCUACAAUCGAAGAAUUGUCGAAGUCAAGUGAUGACGACACCGGUCUAGCAAAUAAUGUUAAGACAUUAGCCGAUACUGUGUUCAAGGGUUACCGUGAUGAUUUGGACUUCAAUGAUGAGAAUGACGUCGGUGUAAAGAAACGUCUAGCUUUCUUGGAUCUCAUGUUAGAGUCAGCUCAAAAUGGAACAAACCAGAUCACCGAUCACGAAAUCAAAGAAGAAGUGGAUACUAUUAUGUUUGAGGGUCACGAUACAACUGCAGCUGGGUCCAGCUUCGUCCUUUGCCUCCUUGGCAUUCACAAAGAAAUCCAGGAGCGAGUGUAUGAUGAAAUUUACUCCAUUUUCGGUGACUCGGACCGCCCUGCCACUUUCGAGGAUACUCUUCAGAUGAAAUAUUUGGAACGAGUUAUAUUCGAAUCAUUGAGAAUGUACCCACCAGUACCGAUGAUUGCUAGGAAGUUAAACCACGACGUUAAGAUCUCAACCAACAACUACGUCCUUCCAGCGGGCGCGACUGUGGUCAUCGGCACCUAUAAGAUUCACAGGAAUCCUAAAUACUACGCAAACCCCACUGUUUUUGAUCCAGAUAACUUCUUACCAGAGAAUACUCAGAAUAGACAUUACUACAGCUAUAUCCCAUUCAGCGCUGGACCCAGGAGUUGCGUAGGUCGCAAGUACGCCAUCUUGAAGCUGAAAAUCCUACUCUCAACAAUCUUGCGAAACUACAAAAUGGUGUCAAAUAUCACUGAAGACCAGUUUGUCCUUCAAGCUGACAUCAUCCUGAAAAGGACGGACGGAUUUAGAGUUCAAAUCGAACCUAGACAGAGGGUUCCGUCUACAGCUUAAAAUUCAGGAGCUUAGAUUAAACAUAAAAGAAACGGCAACUACUGGCAAGAAGCGAGCAUACCAAACUUAUUAUUAACUACCCUUUAAAUGUUUGGGUUAACAUAAUAAGCGGAUAAAUGUUUAUAUACAUUUUAUUAUUUAAUAUACAUGCCAUUUCGUUAAUUUGAUAUUUAUAUAACUGUUGC